UGGGACAGAGAGCCAAUCACGUUGCGCAGCGGAGAAUUUCGAACAAGCGGGAAGCGGAGGAGGAGGAGGGAGGGAGGCAAAACGAAAACGGCUGCUUGGGGGCCUUGUAUGGGGCGCGCGGACUGGCUCCUGAAGCAACGUACAGAGAGCGAGUGAGAAACGGCAAGAAGGAGCGUUCGGGCGCGUGGAGCGGAGCUGUUAGCGGCGCUUCAUCGGGCAUGGUGGUUGAAGAGAACUUUCACAUUCAGAGGUAGUAAACCUAUAAACAUUAGAGGUAGACCAUGGCUAGAGAAAAGUGCUUGAAAAAGUCAUUUAAGGACACCCUGGAAGACAUAAAAGAACGCAUGAAAGGGAAGAGAAAUCAGAGAUUGGCCAAGAUGGGCAGAUCAUAUGUUUUGAGCAAAUCAACCUCAGCCCUGUCUUCCAAGGAUGACACUUCUAUGCAGCUAAAAAACUUCCAAGCAAACAAUAGAGCUUUAGUUCUGGCUUUAGAAGAGGAGAAAAGCAAAAUGAGAGAAGCACAAGAUGUCAUUCUCUACUUAAAGAGAGAAUAUCAGUCGCUGAAGUUUCAGAUGCUUGCUUUGCAAAGACAAGUUGACUUGCAACAAGAAAAAGAACAUGUUGAGACUAGAUUAUUGAUGGUGAAGAAGAUUAUUUCUAAAGCUGUUCAAAACCUCCUCGAGGCAACUAAUCUCCUUGAUCCAGCAAAGGAUUUAUAUACCACAGAAGAUAGCCAGUCUGUGUGUUUGUCAGCACUUGAAAAGUAUGAUUCCACUCCUAGAAGAAAUGAAACUGCUGCGGCAAUUCUAAAGCCUGAUUUAGCUGUUACUGUAAACAGGAAAGGCAAAACUUUCACAAGUGAACUUGAAGAUAAGGCAGACAAAAAUUAUUUGGAUUUUGUAUCUGAUUCCUGGCUUGAUAUGGAAAAUAUCUCCACAGGGCUAAUGCUGCAGAUAAAUAAAGGUUGUCAAAAUAGUUCUCUUGAGGAUUGUCAGCUAUUUGACAGCAGAAAUACUUCAUCAAAUGAAGAGAAUAAGCAAGUCAGUAAUUCCUUACCUAAAAAUAUAUCUACCCGGCGUCACUAUUCAAAGAACCAACAUCAAAGUGAGUUCUGUGUUUCUGAUAGGAACAAUUUAGAAAUAACUGACCAGAUUAAAGAAUCUUUUGAACAAGACAAAAUUAGACCUGAAAAAGAUCUAGAGAUUAAUAAUGAACAGUUUGAAGAAGUGCAUUCUUGUGCAGAGAAUACACAGUUUGAAGAAGUGCAUUCUUGUGUGGAGAGCAUAUAUGAUACAAAUGGAGAUCAAAGCUUGGUAUGUUCAUAUAUGCUGGCUGAAUCCAGUACAUCAACAACUGAUCUAAAGGAAGCUGAUGUUAAUAGUAUUGUUGAUUCUCAAACACAGAAGGGGAGAGGUCAAAAAAGGAAACUGGAAGAAGUGAAAAAUAGUUCGAGGACAAGAUCAAAAAAGAAAAGUCAGAGCAAACGUUCUUGUUCCAAAGAAAAAGCAGAUUCAUCUGCAGGUCCCAGUGAUGCUUAUAACUUUAUUUUUGAGGAGAGUGUCCAUAUUACACCUUUCCGGCAAAACAAAGAAAAUGAGAGUAUCACAGACAAUAAAAGUUACACAGAAGAAACAUGUAGUGAUUCGUUGUCAGAUGAUAACUCUGAUGACAGUCUCUAUGUGCCUUACAAAAACAAAUCAAAAUCUGGGAAAACAUUAAGCCAUGGAAUUGAUGCAGCCCCAAUAUGCACAAGACGGCAAUGCAAAAAUACGAUUUCAGAACAGCAUGAAAGCACUGAAGGAAAAAUGUCAAUAGGUGAAUAUGGAGGUGAUAUGUCUGUAACUGAGGAAAACAGAUCUAAUUCUGUACCGAAAAUUGCUGGAAAGGUUCCAUGUCCCGUUUUUACUGAAGUGGACAAAGAAAAAGAACACAAGAUGAGUUCUUCUGAAAGUAUCAAUUUUAACACAGAUAAACAUUCUGAGAAUCUUCAGAAAAUUUGUCAUCUUGGAGAUAUUACCAACCUUACAUCACCUUCUAUCAAAACUAGAGAUUGUCAUCCUCCCAUCAUUACUGGCGAAAAAGAUUCUUCUCACCACAGACGCAGAUGUACCAUUAGUAUGUGUUAUAAGGAACCACCUAUCAACAGGAAGCUUCGACGGGGAGACCCUUUCACAGAUACUGGUUUCCUGAAUUCUCCAAUUUUUAAGGAGAAAAAGAGCUCCAAAUACAAGCCAGUUAAAAAGAAAUCGCUGUCCAGAUACAAUGAGGCAUAUGUUGGUUGCCUCUGAGAACCCUUUUCCAUGCAAAAUGUGUAACUUUGUUAGUUCAAGUGUUCUUCUGGUGUAAAGAGGAGUAUUUUUAGCCAGAUUUUGUUGCUGUGAAAUCUGAACUGUACAUUUGUACAUAUAGCUGUUUUACGUAUGGAUUUAGAUUUGAUUAAUGCUUUAGUAACACUUCCCUAUGACGCCUACAGACAUACGAUGUUUUCCAUAUUAUAUAUUAAGAAUCAAUAGCCAUGUAACUGAAAUAUGUAAAUAGGAAACUAAUUCUCAGUUGGCAGAGAAAAAGAAAUUCUGUCCUUGGAUCCCUCUUUCCCUCUUCCUUCUUUCCUUCCCUUUAUAUUAUAGAAAGAAUAUUGCCUAUCACAUAAUUAAUGUUGCCAUUCUGGGAAUUACAAUUCCCAAGAAGCACUGAAUUGGAAAGGAGAUAGUGAGGAAUAAAAAAAUCAGAAUGAAGAUGUACAACGGGGCAGGUAAAUAGGGUUAGCUGGACGGAAGGAAGUCUUUGGCUUGAAUUUACUAUUGGAGGAUAAGAAAUGGGCAGCUCAACUCACAUUGAAGUGGGCUUUCCAAGCAAGCUGCUGUAGUUCACAUGUAUGUUUAGCCAAAGGAGAAUAAACUCUGUUUUACUGCCUCUACGUGGGUAGAAUGUUCAUUCUACAGGAUGAGGUGGUUUUUCAUUUGAUUCGUAAGCCUUAUUAACUUGUGUUUAGUGUGAAACACAAAUCAAUCUAGCAGCAUAUUAAUUUCUUUGUAGAGGUUUCUCAACUGUCAUUUACUGUUACAGAAAUUUGUAAUAAAUAUUUAAUAAAGUAUAAGACUUUGACUUA